AUGGAUUCGCAUGAACUUAUCAAUGCACAAUUCCAUCGGGCAGUGGAGAUAGUGCAGGGCCUCCCAAAGACUGGGCCCAUACAAACUGGCUAUGAGGAGAAACUGACGAUGUACAGCUUGUACAAGCAAGCGACUGUUGGAAAUGUCCAAGGCGGUCGUCCAGGCAUGUGGGAUAUGCUAGGCCGGGCAAAGUGGGACGCAUGGGCAAAGCAUAAGGAUCUUGAUCUAUAUGAAGCCAAAUGGCUUUACGUGGAUGCUUUACUGAAGGUUUUAAGUAAAUACUCGGACAAGACCGUUGCUCGUGACCUCAUGAAUGAACUCCAGUCUUAUGGUGGUGACCCGUCAAAUCUCGUGAUGAGCCAUUCUCUUCCAAGGUCGCGGACCUACUCCCGGUCGUCAAGCUCCAGUGCCUCAGAUAACGAUAUCCAUCGAAUUCCCGGUCAAUUAUUUUCCUCUACCCUUCCAGAGGCCCAAUAUACUGCACAAUUAGCAGUUAAGGAGAACAGUGGCUCGAGCUCUGAAAAUGAUGAAUCAGGCGACGAACCACACGAACUCCCAUCUGUGCGUGAGCCUGUUCAACAGCCAAGACCACUUUCUUCCAUGUCUUCAAGAUAUCGUACUCCUGCAACAGGCUCACAUGCCAUGUCGCCGCCACUUGCUGGGCUCGCAAACAUUCCACCUAUGCAACCAAUGCCCACAUACCAGACGCAAUCCGCCUUCGUUAGUCAAUCAGCACCAAUAGCAUCUUCUUCUGUAUACCCUCCACCAGGACACCAUUCUGGGACAUACCAGUCGCCCGAGUUUGCACCGCAGAUUCAGUCGGCUCUCUCCCUCCGAGGGGGUCGGUUUCAUGGCGCUGAAGCGCCUAUACGAACACCCUCACGGUUACCCCUGGAGCAAGCCGUCGAAAACCUCCAGACGCACCUUGCCGCAAUAACAGAGCGGCUCGAUAUGCUCGAGUCCCAGGUGGUGCAUCCGCAACGAUCCACCGCUUCGCUUCCCCUGAAAAGCUCUUCCGGUAGAGGCAGUCCGACGGAUAACCGUCCUGAAGAACUCGGAUGGGAUUUGGAUGAUAUGGGAAUGUGGUCGUUUGUUCUGAAGCCAUUGUCACGGAUGGCGGUGUCAUUGAAACGGCUGUUUAUAUUUUUUGGUCGGGGCGAGAACCGGUCUCCGGUCCUCACUAUUGUGCGGAGACUGUUGCUCGAUAUAUCAUUUUCUUUGGCAGUUCUCGGGUUGCUGAGACUGACGUGGAAGAAGACGGCUACAAGACGGAGGGAGGUUAAUGCAGCCCUUAUAUUACUAUGGGCUGCUUUGUCUGGGAGGAACAGGGGAAGACGGAUGAUCAGUGGUGUGUAGUGCUUACUUUUUUUCACUCGUGGGUGGCUCAAGAGUAGUCAUUAAUGCUGCAUUUAUACCUCAAUGCCCAGAAUU